AUGAAUAGAUUAUCCUAGUUGAGUGGACAAUUUGAUGAGGAAUAGAAAUUGCUCUAGCAAAUAACCUAAUUGGAAAAGUAAUGAUUCAAAAUUAUCUAAUCAUUUAGUUGGUUCAAGAGUCCACGUUUCAAUAAUGUUUUGCGUCCAUACACAGCCAAAUAAGUUGCUGAAGUAAGAGGAUCAAUUGUACCUAAUCAAUUCUCUGAUUUCAUGGCAAGAAAAUUCUAUAAUCUCAUGAUGGAUUUAAAAUAAAGCAAAGGGUAUUUCCUAUUUAUGAUCAUAGCUUCUCUCUUGCAUGUGGAGCUUUAGAUACUGUGUAAGUUAUCAAUAUGUCUAAAUACAUGACAUCUAUUUAUGUAUCAGGUUGGCAGUGCUCAUCUUCAGCUUCUACUACUAAUGAUCCAGGACCUGAUUUUGCUGAUUAUCCAUAUGACACUGUGCCUAAGAAAUGUGAUCAGCUAGUCAAAGUAAUCAUAAAUUUGAUGGUAGAUGCAAAGAUUUCAAGACAGAAGAUAGUAGUAUGAAAGAAGUCUAAUUACUGCUGAAUAACGAAAAUAAAAAAAACCUUAUGAUUACCUCGUUCCAGUUAUUUGCGAUGCAGAUGCUGGAUUUGGUGGUACCAGCAGUGUAAUGAAAUUGACUAAAUUAUUUAUUGAAUCUGGAGCUGCAGGAAUUCAUUUGGAGGAUCAGAGACCUGAUUUAAAGAAAUGUGGUCACAUGGCUGGAAGAGUUGUCACUUCUACUAAUACUCAUGUCUAAAAACUCAUAGCUUCUCGACUUCAAGCCGACAUUAUGGGAAAUGAAUUAUUCAUAAUUGCAAGAACUGAUGCAUUAGGAGCAAGGUUCAUAGAGACCAAUGUGGAUUUGAUUGAUUAACCAUACAUUCUAGGGGUUACCAAGUUUCAUGAUAAACCAUGCACUUACCCAGAAGCAGGAGUUUUUAUCAUUGAACAAAUGAUUGACAAAGAGAAGAGAAUACAAGCCACCAAUUAAUGGUUGAAAUAAUGUGAAUCAGGUGGAAUCAAAAGAGCAAGGGAUUUAGCAAAGAGAUUGGGAUUUGAACUCGACUUCGAUUGGGAACAAUGCAGAAAUCCUGAUGGAUUCUAUGCUCUUAAGAGUAGUGUUCAUUAUUGUGCAAUUAGAGCCAAAGUACUCAUAUAAAUUAAAUAUAAGGAAUACUUGAAAUAUGCAGAUGCCUUAUGGAUGGAGACUUCAACUCCUGAUCUGAAGGUUGCUAAGGAAUUAUCCGAUGAAUUACAAUUCGAACUUCAGAAUAACAAGGUGCUAUGUUAUAAUUGUUCUCCAAGUUUUAAUUGGAGCAAAUUUGGAUUCUCAGACAGCGAACUCAAAAACUUUAAUUCAGAAUUAGGGAAGUUGGGAUACACUUGGCAGGUUCUCAUUUACUAAUAUCAAUGUAGUUCAUUACGUUAGCAGGAUUUCAUUUGAAUGCUCUACAAAGUGAAAGAUUCUCCAAGGACUUAUCAGAAAGAUAUAUGUUGGCUUAUGUGGAAGAUAUUCAAAGGAAGGAAGAGAAACAUAAUGUUGAUCAAUUGAGACAUCAAAAGUAAUCUUCAUCAUAUAUUAUUCUAGAUGGUCUGGAGCUGAAUUAAUUGAUCAUGUCAUGACUAUUGUUAAUCAAAGUACAUUGAUAUCUUCAGGCGAAGACUCAACUGAACAUUAAUUCGACAAUAAAUGAUUACGUGUUAAAUAAAUAUAUAAUGAUAUCAUUA